GGAGGCGGGUCGACUCCGCUUUUCUCGGCGGCCGGCGCCAUGAAGCUCAACGUGGACGGGCUGCUGGUCUACUUCCCUUACGACUACAUCUACCCGGAGCAGUUCUCCUACAUGCUGGAGCUCAAGCGCACGCUGGACGCCAAGGGUCAUGGCGUCCUGGAGAUGCCCUCAGGCACUGGGAAGACAGUGUCCCUGUUGGCCCUGAUCAUGGCAUACCAGAGGGCAUAUCCACUGGAGGUGACUAAGCUCAUCUACUGCUCGAGGACGGUGCCUGAAAUUGAGAAGGUGAUCGAAGAGCUGCGAAAGUUGCUCAACUUCUAUGAGAAGCAGGAGGGUGAGAAGCUGCCGUUUUUGGGGCUGGCUCUGAGCUCCCGGAAGAACCUGUGUAUUCAUCCUGAGGUGAUGCCCCUGCGCUUUGGGAAAGACGUUGACGGGAAAUGCCACAGCCUCACAGCCUCAUAUGUGCGGGCGCAGUACCAGCAGGACCCCAGCCUGCCCCACUGCCGCUUCUACGAGGAGUUUGAUGUCCAUGGGCGCCAGGUGCCUCUCCCUGCUGGGAUCUACAACCUGGAUGACCUGAAGGCCUUGGGGCGGCGCCAGGGCUGGUGCCCCUACUUCCUUGCCCGGUAUUCGAUCCUGCAUGCCAACGUGGUGGUUUAUAGCUACCAUUACCUCUUGGACCCCAAGAUUGCAGAGCUGGUGUCCAAGGAGCUGGCCCGCAAGGCCGUUGUGGUCUUCGACGAGGCCCACAACAUCGACAACGUCUGCAUCGACUCCAUGAGUGUCAACCUCACCCGUCGGACCCUGGACCGCUGCCAGGGCAACCUGGAGACCUUGCAGAAGACGGUGCUCAGGAUCAAGGAGACGGAUGAGCAGCGGCUGCGGGAGGAGUACCGCCGCCUGGUGGAGGGGCUGCGGGAGGCCAGUGCGGCGCGGGAGACCGACGCCCACCUGGCCAACCCCGUGCUUCCGGAUGAGGUGCUACAGGAGGCCGUACCAGGCUCCAUCCGCACGGCGGAGCACUUCCUGGGCUUCCUGCGGCGGCUGCUGGAGUAUGUCAAGUGGCGGCUGCGGGUCCAGCACGUGGUGCAGGAGAGCCCCCCGGCCUUCCUCAGCGGCCUGGCCCAGCGCGUGUGCAUCCAGCGCAAGCCCCUCAGAUUCUGUGCCGAACGUCUCCGCUCCCUCCUGCACACCCUGGAGAUUGCUGACCUCGCCGACUUCUCUCCCCUCACCCUUCUGGCUAACUUUGCCACCCUCGUCAGCACUUAUGCCAAAGGUUUCACCAUCAUCAUUGAGCCUUUUGAUGACAGGACCCCCACCAUUGCCAACCCCAUCCUGCACUUCAGCUGCAUGGAUGCCUCACUGGCCAUCAAACCCGUGUUCGAGCGCUUCCAGUCAGUGAUCAUCACAUCAGGGACGCUGUCCCCCCUGGACAUCUACCCCAAGAUUCUGGACUUCCACCCUGUCACCAUGGCAACCUUCACCAUGACGCUGGCCCGGGUCUGCCUCUGCCCCAUGAUCAUCGGUCGUGGCAAUGACCAGGUGGCCAUCAGCUCCAAAUUUGAGACCCGGGAGGAUAUUGCCGUGAUCCGGAACUAUGGGAACCUCCUGCUGGAGAUGUCCGCCGUGGUCCCCGACGGCAUCGUGGCCUUCUUUACCAGCUACCAGUACAUGGAGAGCACCGUGGCCUCCUGGUAUGAACAGGGCAUUCUUGAAAACAUCCAGAGGAAUAAGCUGCUCUUCAUUGAGACGCAGGAUGGGGCUGAGACCAGUGUCGCCCUGGAGAAGUACCAGGAGGCCUGUGAGAAUGGCCGUGGAGCCAUCCUGCUGUCAGUAGCCCGGGGAAAAGUGUCUGAGGGAAUCGACUUCGUGCACCACUACGGGCGCGCGGUCAUCAUGUUCGGUGUCCCCUAUGUCUACACCCAGAGCCGCAUUCUCAAGGCGCGGCUGGAGUACCUGCGGGACCAGUUCCAGAUCCGCGAGAACGACUUUCUCACCUUCGAUGCCAUGCGCCACGCGGCCCAGUGCGUGGGUCGGGCCAUCCGCGGCAAGACAGAUUACGGCCUCAUGGUCUUUGCCGACAAGCGGUUUGCCCGGGCUGACAAGCGCGGGAAGCUGCCCCGCUGGAUCCAGGAGCACCUCACAGACGCCAACCUCAACCUGACCGUGGAUGAGGGCGUCCAGGUCGCCAAGUACUUCCUGAGGCAGAUGGCUCAGCCGUUCCACCGGGAAGACCAGCUGGGCCUGUCCCUGCUGAGCCUGGAGCAGCUGGAAUCAGAGGAGACGCUGCGGAGGAUAGAGCAGAUCGCGCAGCAGCUGUAGCUCAAGGUCCCUUCCAACACCAGCCCAGGCAUACCCCUCCUCCCUUGCCUCUGGGCCUGCUAGCCCAGCCCCCUACUCCACUGUUGCCCGAGGUGCUCCCCUCACCUGGGUCCCAGCAGCCUUUGGACCGUCCACAUUCAACAUGUUGAGCGACAAGGCUCUCUUCAUCCUAUAAGGAGAGGGUGGAAGGGUGAGGCCCACAGCAUCUGCCUCCCACUCUAGGCAAGGCUUGCCUGGCACCGGAUGUGACUGACAGAGGUGAUGGGAACCAUGGAGAGUUCUGGAACAGGACAGACCAGUGUGGGUUGCAGAAGCGGCAGCUGUUGGGGCUUUUUGCUGCCCCGAUCGGACACUCACCCGGCUGCCCCUGCCAUCCCCUCGCCUCGAAGACGGGAGACCAGCUUCUCGCUUCCACGCCUAAGAGACUCACGGAUCUUGGAGAAAGAGCUGCUCCGACGAAGGGUCUGGAGAGGGUGCCAGGACCCCAGUCAGCCCCACUUCUCCUCCAGUCCCCGCCAAGCCCAAGCCCAUCUUCCCUCCUCACCUGUUCGGUGUCACCAGCUGUGCCUGCAUUGGGAGCUCCUAGGAACAGAGGGGGGCCAGUGCAAUGAGGACACGGAGCAGUCGCCGGGUGGGGGGGGCGGGGUAGGGGGCUCACCCAGAGGGGCAGGCAGGUCCUCGCGGCUCAGGAUCUCUCGGUACAGCUCUUCUGCUUGCUGGUACUUGUUCUGUUUCAGGUAGGCCGAGGCCUGCAGGGAGGGCCGGUGAUCAAGGCUCAGAUCUGGAGCUCCCCUGGGCACAUCCUCCCCUCCCCCACAACCUUGUGACCUGGGGCAGGUGACUUAAUUCCUGCUCCACUAUGGACUAGUGACAUAACCUUUGUGCCUCAGUUUAUUUGCAGAAUGGGACAACAGGAGCACUUAGCUCCUGGGGUCCUUUAAGAAAUGGAUGGUGCUUUUCCUCAAGGACUGCGAUGGGGGUCUAGCGCUCAAUAAACCUCUGGAACUGUC